AAUGAAGACUGACAUGGAGAAGAGUUUGGAAGCCUCAGAGAAGGUCCCACGCAUUGUCCAGGUGAUGUACUUCAAAGAAGUCCCGAGACCAUCUGCGAGCCAGCAGCCGGAGCAGAGUUUGCCCCAGGUGAGGGAAGCCCAGUGGCAGCAGUUUCUCAAGACUCUGCAGCACUCUCACACCGGGUGGGGCAACCCGCAGCUGACCGAAGCGGCACCGUGGGAGGACACCAAAGCCUUCCUGGCUGCCUUUGAGCAAGUGGCCGAGGCUUGCCGGUGGCCUAGAGAAGAAUGGGUAGGCCGGCUCCUGCCGGCGCUCAGGGGAGGGAUGGAGCAAGUCUAUUGCCGGCUGGAUCCCAGAGAUAGAGGAGACUACGGGAAGGUGAAGGCCGCCCUCUUGCGCGGGGACGCCGUGCAGACGGAGUCCAAGCGGCAGCACUUCCGGCAGUGCUGUUACCAGGAGUGUGAGGGGCCGCGUCGGAUUUACGGCCAUCUCCAGGACCUCUGCCGACAGUGGCUGAAGCCGGAGCGCCGCACCAAGGAGCAGAUCUUGGAGCUGAUCAUCCAGGAGCAGCUUUUGGCCAUGUUGCCGCCCGAAGUCCAGAGCUGGGUGCGGGAGUGCGCGCCGGAGGACUGCAUCGAGGUGGUGGCUCUGGCAGAGGACUUUAUGAUGGGCCGCCGGGCAGCCAAGAUGUGGAAAUGGCCGGGGUUUGCGAAUUUGAAGGAUAGGAGUGUGGCUUUGGAGAGGGGUGGCUGGACCAUGGUAAAUCUUGAUCAGAAGCCCUUGCACUGGGAAAUUGCACAGGGGAACUACGGGCAUGGCAGCGGUUCAGAAGAACUCUUGGUUCCCACGCCAGAAAUCAUCUCUCAGCCCGACCAAGAAAGGAGCAUCUUCUAUAUUACUGAGACAGGGGAAACUGUUCCAGCCCUUCCUGCAGAGAGCAGAAUUCUGGGCGAGAUCAAGAUAGAAAGUUACGAGGAUGCACAUUCAGAUACGGAAGACUCGUUCGAGGCUUUAACAGAAGGCUCCCCGGAGGCAGAUCCCAUGAGCCCCAAGACCGGCAACGAGAGUCUCAAGAGGAAACUGCGCCCUAGGGAACCUCCAGGCGUGAAGCCGGGCAGACCCGCAGCUCGAGGAACCUCCAUGCAGCUCCGCAAAAAAAGAGCCUCCCCGGCAACACCCAAACAGCAGAAGGAGAAAAAACACGAGUGUGAAUUGUGUGGGCAUCGUACCUAUUUUGUGUCGGAACUGCUGAGACAUAUGAGUGUCCACAAUGGGAAAAGGCCCCACCGGUGCCUGGACUGCGGGAGGACUUUCUUGAAGCUCACCUCUUUCGAGGUCCACAAGAAGAUGCACGGGCCUGGCCGGAGGAUCCGGCCCUUGAGGAAAGCCGUAAGCCGUCGAAGGAAAGGGAGCCGUGUUGGCGCUGUGCGCAGGAGGCGGGUGAUCCCGCCGCCCGCCCUUGCCAAGCCUCUGAACACCCACCCAGGAGGAGGGCCUCAUUCGUGCGAGGAGUGCGGCCGGAGCUUCUAUUGGAUGUCGAGCCUUUUUAGGCACUGGAGGAUGAAAAGCUGCCACAGGACCCGCGGAAGGCAGGUCAAGCGCAGAGCUGUUGAAGAAAUCACACACCAUGCUCACCGGGGAAGGACCGAAUCAAAAUACAGGGUUGCAAAGUUGUUAGGACAGUCCCCAGACACCCUUUCAGAGGCUACCAGGGCUUGCAAGGCGACCCCCAUCGCCUCCAGACUGCGUCCAAGGAAGCCCCCAGGGGACGUCCCAGAGGCGAAACCUUCAGACCUGAAGAAUCACGUGUGCCCAGAAUGCGGGAGGAGAUGUAUGAAGCCUGCAGACCUCAUUCAGCACAUGAAGGUUCAUACGGGUGAAAAACCCUACGAGUGCCCAAAAUGCCAGAGGGCUUUCAGAUGGUCAACGAACUUCGUUGCGCACCGGCGGACAUGUUGCGCCAAAAGACCUGCUCUUGCGGAACAUCGGGUGACACACACAGGCGACGAGCAGCUGUGUAAAGUGAAGCAGGAAGAGAUCAAGUCAGAAGAUGAAUUUGGGACGUGGCCCAUAGAAGCCCCCGGUGCCAUUUCCCCCCAGGGUUACGAAGUUAGGUCCCCGUUGACGGUGAAGCCAGACGAGCUUCAAGACGAGGAACAGGAGGAGUCCGACCCGCCCGGCACGGGUGCCUUUUCCAGAAGAGCAGUGGGCCGUCCAAAAAGAAAGAAACACCCAUGCCUGGAAUGUGGGCGCAAGUUCCUAAGGUUUUCGGACAUGCUUAACCACACAAAAGUCCACACCGGAGUGAAAAAUUAUGAGUGCUACGAUUGUGGGAAAACUUUCCGGUGGGCGGCCCACCUUUCCGAGCACCAGAGAAACCACAAGAACUACCCUAAGGAGCCCGCUCCUGGUCCCGGUCUAGCAGAAUGCGACGUCAUUCUGGAAGAUGAAGAAGAGUUGAUCCACAUUCUGGAGAGGAAUUUUCAGAAGGGAGGGACCAAAUCAGGAGGUUUCCUUCGGACACAGUCAGAAGAAUCCCCGGAUGCUGCCUCCGAGGACAUCGAGUACCAUAAGGUCAGGGCUACCUCAAAGUUGCGUCCGAAGAUGCGUGGAAGGGUGCGGCAGGGUCUGAAAAUGGCGGCUGCGAAGAAAAGCAAGUAUGGCAAAUACGACCAAAAAGAAAAGAAACACAAGUGUAACGUAUGCGGGCACAGGACCUAUUACUUGUCUGAUUUACUCAGGCACGUGAACGUCCACAAGAGGGAGAAGCCCUACAAAUGUCUCCAGUGUGGCAAAGCCUACACGCAGAAUUCGGCCUUUCUUUUCCACCAGAGAAGUCACUCGUCCGUCAGCAGUUCCAGCGGCAGGAAGAGCGUCGCAGCCCGGAGGGGUGGGAAAAGAACUCAUAAAUUGUCUGGCCUUGUUAAACCGACGCAAAGCCGCACAGAGGAGAAGCCUUUCCUUUGUGAAGAGUGUGGGCAAGCCUUUAAGUGGCCUUCAAACCUCUCCAGGCACCGGAAAAUCCACAGGGAUGGCCAGGAAACCUCAUUUGUGGGGAGUCAGAAAACUGAAGCAGGUUGCAGUAAGCCAAACAAGAUGGCGGUAGAGAAUUCCCCGCAGGUAAGAGCUACUCUAAAGAGAAUGGGUGAGACAUCGGCGGAAAUAACCCCUGGGGUCGCUUCUGUGACGGUCGUGAUUAAUGACAGAAGGUGGAAGUCCAAGAACCAGCCUAGUAUGAAAUUGGCAAAAGGGAAGCUAACGAUGAAGGAAGCACCACAAGCAGAAAGAUUCUUGUAUUCAAAAAGCGGGGCAGCGUAUCGCUACAAAUCUGGACUUGUGACACAUCGGAAGACCCGUGCAAAAAAGCAUCAGUGUAGAGUAUGCAAAAAAUCUUUUUCAGCAAAAUGUCUCCUCCAUGAUCAUGAAAACAUCCACACGGGAGCAAAACCCCACAAAUGCGACGAAUGCGGGAAAUGCUUCGCUUGGAGGAAUAAGUUGCUCCGCCAUAAGAAAAUUCACAUCGGAGUGAAACCCUAUCAGUGCCCCGAGUGUGAGAAAUCCUUCUUUCGGAAAGACAGCUUGAUGGCCCACCUACAAUCUCAUGGCUCCUCCUGCGCAUAUCAGUGCUCGCAGUGUGGCAGGGGGUUCAGCGAGAGGGAUCAGCUGUUCAGACACCAGAGAAUCCACGCGGGGCGGCAACCUUACGAGUGUGAGGAGUGCGGUCGGGGUUUUAGCCGGAAAGAUUAUUUGAUUAGACAUCAGCAGCAGCAUGCAGAGGAGAAGUAA